AUGCCAUUCAAAACCUUUUUGACUAAUAAACGUAAUUUACAAAGAUUUCGUCUUAAUGGUCUUGUACCAUCAUCACAUUUGCCACAUAAAAGAGAAUUAUGUCAAGAGUUUUGUGAUCAUAGAAUCUAUGGAGCUCAACAACUUCCACCAAAAGUUGAUCUUCGACCCUAUAUGACACCCGUUGAAGAUCAAUCAAAAACUGGCAGUUGUGCGGCUAAUUGUCUUGCUGGAGCUUAUGAAUAUUUAACUAAAAAAGCUAAUGGUCGUGAUACAGAUAUUAGUCGUUUAUUUAUUUAUUAUAAUGCUCGUGUAAAAGAUCAAAAAGCAGAAAAAGUUAUAGAUUCAGGUUGUACAAUGACAAGUGCUAUUGAAGCAUUAGAAGAAUUUGGUACUUGUCUUGAAUCAAUUUGGCCAUAUGAUAUAUCCCGAGUGAAUACACGACCAACUAAUCAAGCUUAUAGAGAAGCUAGAAAUCAUAAAAUUACAGAAGCAUUUCGAAUUAAUGUUAAUUUGUCCGAAAUGAAAUCUUGUCUUGCACAAGGUUUUCCAUUUGCAUUUGGUUUGAGAUUAUACGCUUCAUUUGAUAAAGCAGCUACAACAGGUGUUGUACCAAUACCAAAAGUCGGGGAAAGUAGACGAAAAACCGAUGCAAGUCAUGCAUUAUUAGCUGUUGGUUAUAGUGAUCAAUCAAAAGCAUUUAUUGUACGAAAUUCAUGGGGAGCACAUUGGGGUGAUAAUGGAUAUUGCUUUAUGCCGUAUGAAUAUGUAACAAAUCCUAGUUUAUGUUUUGAUGUGUGGACUAUUCAUAAAUUAGCUACAGAUGACUUUGGUCGAGCACAUUGGGAUAUUUAUGAUAUGACUAAUUAUGUACUUGCUGGUAGAAGUAAUGAUGUUAAUAAUGGUUUUGAUGACAAUGAUCAUGUUAUUGAAACUUUUGAUGAAAAUGAUAAAUUUAAUGAUUAUGAUGAUGAUGAUAAUAAUUCUGAUUAUGAUCGACAAGGUGGCUUUAAUUACCCUUGGAAUCAAUAUCAAGAUUAUGGAGGAAAUAACUAUUGGCAAAACAAUAUUGUUGACAGAUAUCAAGAACCAUUCAGAGGAUAUCCCGGUAGUGAAAAUUUUCCUCAUUCACCUUUUGAUUACUUUCGAGAAGACAAUAAUAUUAAUGCUCAUGGUGGUUAUCCAGGUUUUGAUCGAUUUAUGAAUAAUAGUCCAAAUUUUUUUAAUAAUCAAUUUAUUCCGCCGCCCCCAUAUCCUCCACCUCAACCAUAUGGACAAAGCUAUGGUUAUGAUGGCCCGUUUAAUAAUUAUUUUAAUCCCUAUUUUUGA